CAGGUAAACCCCACAAGCAAGUGGCUUUUUUCGGAUUGUCUCCGAUCAAAUUUGGCUAGCCGGAGAAGGUGGAGUCCAGCAUCCACUUUCCCGGGAACUGGCCAACCAGAAAAGAUGUUCCGACGCAACAUUGCACACCCAGUGAUACGACAGUUCAUUUUACGCACCGCCGUGCUCAAUUAUCUGAGCAAGUGUCUGCAGCAGCAGUGGGAUGACUGGCGCAAGCUCAGUAAUAGAAUCCUGAUCCCCGUCGAAGUCGGCGAAGUGCAGCAGACGCCGGCCCAGCUAAUUGAGGUGCUGCAGUCAAAGGUCGCCGCUUCGCACUGGCUUUUGCAGCGGGAAUAUGAUCAACUGUUCACGUACAUGAUGGACAAGCGCGAGCUGUGGGACAGUCCGGAGUACUUCAAGGCAAAGACGGCCCUGGGGAUGGCCGUGCACAACCUGCGAGUGUGUUUACCCAGCAAAUGAUUCAGGACGGUUGCCAACCAUUUAAUAUUCAAUUUUAAAAACGUAUAUACAUAACAAUGCGCAAAAACGA